CUUCUCUCUCAUUCUCGUCUGCUGCCUGCAAAUAAAAUUGCGGACUUUUUAGUGUUGUUCAUCGAUUGAAUUCGAGCUUAUUUACGAAUUUCAUAAUGUUUACUGUGUUCGGGAGCCAUAAAAAUAGUAGUAAUAUUACGUAACUGGGAUUGACAUACUAUAUUUCUACAAAUAAUCAUCUAAAAUCGUAAGAUGGAGUCCAGUUUGCUGACCACGUUGGAUAAGCUCUACCCAGCCCUCACACAAUGCUUUGCUGUCAUAAUAUCCGGGUAUUUUGCUGGAAGGAUUGGAGUUGUUACUGAGGAGCAGUCAUCAGGCCUUAACACUUUUGUCGGAACUUUCUCUCUUCCUUCUCUUAUAUUUCUAUCGCUCGCAUCAAUUGAACUAUCCGAUGUCAACUGGUAUUUUCUUGUCGCUAUUCUGGUCUCAAAAGCCCUGGUAUUCCUGUCUGUGGUGUUAGUAACACUACUAGUCUCUCGUCCAUUCAGCCCCGCUCGUGCCGGCCUCUACGCAAUCUUCUGCACACAGAGUAACGACUUUGCUAUUGGAUUCCCCAUUGUUGUUGCCCUGUACAAGACGUUACACCCAGACUAUGUCAGCUACUUGUAUCUGCUGGCUCCAGUGUCACUAGUCAUCCUCAACCCCUUCGGCUUUGUGCUGAUGGAAGUGUCAAGACAUCGGGCAGGCGAGGGGGCCCCCUCCACGUGGACCACUGUUACCAACAUCGCCCGCAACAUUGCUACCAACCCGAUAGUGUUCAUGACCACUCUCGGCAUGAUCGCCAACAUUCUCUUCAAGCAUGCCUUGCCCAAGGUGCUGGAAGACGUGUUGAAUGUGUUCGGAUCAGCGUUCACUGGAACAGCGCUGUUCCUGCUGGGACUCCGGAUGGUUGGCAAAGUUCAGAAGUUACACGGUUUCGCUCUCUUAGUUCCUGGAAUACUCAUUGCUGUUAAACUGUUAGCACUGCCACUAGUCACUCGGGAAGUGGUCAGCCUGGUGCUACAGUUUAGCCAACAUAACAAGACUGAAGUUGAGGAUCUCAGUACGUACGGCUUCUUGUACGGAACCUUCCCCUCGGCUCCUGGAGUCUUUGUGUAUGCCACCAGAUACGCACUUGAUGUUGAUCUGAUAGCGUGUGCGAUGGUGGCCUGCACUUUUCUCUCCGCUCCUCUCAUGUUCGCCUCAGCCAAGAUGGUCAUCGCCUCCAACCUGGACCCUGACCAGUUCAUGAAGACGCUGAGUCUGUUUGAGUUUGACAUCUCUGUCGUGGCGUCCCUGGCUGCUAUAUGGAUGCUGGUUGUUUUCAUAGUCAACAAGAGCUACCAGAACAUCCACCUGCGGAUGGUCAUGUACCUCGUUAUUUCCCAGCUUGUCGGGUGUCUGGGCUUUCUGAUUGGACACAUCCCACUAGCCUCGGCGCACUACACACACGUAGCAAUGGAGACUGUUGGGGACCUGAGUGCGAGGCUAUGGACAGCUCUGCUAGCCUGUGCUCUCCUAUUGGUUCAAUGUCGGAACAUCUGUAGUCUCGUGCGGCUGCAACCAGUGUUCCUUGCAAUCGCUUGGGGGAUACCGAUGCUUGCAGUGUCAGUAAUGAUGGUCAUGGCCAGACCACAGCCUGACUCCACUGCAGAAGGCUAUGAGUUUGGUCGGACGCAGGCCGCUAUCGUCUUAUUUGUACUCAUCACAUCAUUUAUUGUGACUGUGGGCUGCCUAGUGCUGCAUCAGUUCUACCUGAGACGCCAGAAGCAGUACUUGUUGUUGGUGAGGGAGGCCAACGACACCAUAGCACAACAUCAUGAGCAACAACAGCACAGCCCUGCCACUAAUGGAGGUGUAGCUACCAACAACAAUGUGUGCAGGAUGGAGGACAGGGUCAGCAUCAACUCUGUGCGAGGCAGUGUCGGUCCCGAGAGACAGUCCAGUGAGGAGAGACAACUGGCCACACAGGAGGACAGUCUACUGAGACUCAUUGUGUUGCUGGUGUUCCUCGCCUGCUCUGUUUUUAUUAGCCUGUCAGUGUGUGUGUGGCGCGUAGUCAUGGAAGGUAUCACUGGUGUCUACGUAGAAAUGUUGUUCUUGGACACCAGCCUCAACCGAGGCCAGAGUCUGUUGGUUCUCGCAGUCUACGGACUUGACAGCUCGGCAAUCUUUGAGCCAAUCAUCUCCGGUGUGUCUCGGCUAUGGUACGGAGGGGAGGCGCUACAACUUCCCCCUUGGGAAGAUCUAACCUUUGAAACUCGUCACGUCUGUGAGCAGUUCAUUUCCCAUCAUCUAGACCAGUGUCGCCAACAAGUCUGCACUGAAACCAGGUGGAGGCUGUGGAGGUACAAGCAAGUGUUCAGUGGAGAGUCCUUGGCAGACUGGCUGCUCCAACACUCUGUGGCAACUGACAGACCUCAAGCUGUGGAAUACUGCAACCACCUAGUGUGGGGUAGAGUCAUCUCACACCUGCAUGGAGUCGAACCCUACCACGACAAGCCAGACUGUUGGUACACCUUCGCAGCUGACAACUAACCCUCACAAGACGGUCUGCAGUUGGCCACCCUGAGUCUGCAGCCCUCCCCCUCUCUGUUUGUCAUCUCAUACACAGACACUAGUACUACUUCUCUCUGAUGUGAUCUGAUAUUUGGUCUAACCUCACCACUACUGUUGGUACACCUUCGCAGCUGACAACUAACCCUCACAAGACGGUCUGCAGUUGGCCACCCUGAGUCUGCAGCCCUCCCCCUCUCUGUUUGUCAUCUCAUACACAGACACUAGUACUACUUCUCUCUGAUGUGAUCUGAUAUUUGGUCUAACCUUACCACUACUGUUGGUACACCUUCGCAGCUGACAACUAACCCUCACAAGACGGUCUGCAGUUGGCCACCCUGAGUCUGCAGCCCUCCCCCUCUCUGUUUGUCAUCUCAUACACAGACACUAGUACUACUUCUCUCUGAUGUGAUCUGAUAUUUGGUCUAACCUUACCACUACUGUUGGUACACCUUCGCAGCUGACAACUAACCCUCACAAGACGGUCUGCAGUUGGCCACCCUGAGUCUGCAGCCCUCCCCCUCUCUGUUUGUCAUCUCAUACACAGACACUAGUACUACUUCUCUCUGAUGUGAUCUGAUAUUUGGUCUAACCUCACCACUACUGUUGGUACACCUUCGCAGCUGACAACUAACCUUGCAAGACAGUCUUCAGUUGGCCACCCUGAGUCUGCAGCCCUCCCCCUCUCUGUUUGUCAUCUCAUACACAGACACUAGUACUACUUCUCUCUGAUGUGAUCUUAUAGUUGAGGUUCAUAGUUGUGGCUGAAACAUUGGGCUUAUCAACACAUAGUUUGUGAACCACCUUCAUAAAAUCAAUUUAUUUGAUCUGAUUUAACUUAAAGUUUAAAAAGUUCUGUAUUGGUGUCUACAAAGGAUCAGAAAAAAUAUAGGUAUUUCAAACCUCAAAUAGCUAUCCUAAUAGUCGAGUCCUAGAUGCCAAACCCAAGUACAAUUCAUUACAUUAUAAAAAUCAAUAGUUAAGAUAGUGAACCUUAUAACACAUUUUUCAACGCUGUUCGACGAGAAUUGCAGCAAUGUGGUGAUUAUCUCCAAAUUAAAAUUUAUUCUGAGGUUUAAACCUAAAAUAAAUCUAUUACAAACCCUGCUCUACAAACAGAAAUAUAAGUUUCCUUAUCAGGAACAUAACUAAUCAUUUGUUCCUGAAUAUGGGAAUACAACAAACAUUUCCUUAGCAAUUGCUGGAACUUGAAAACUCUAUUUAGAUUCUCUCUCUCAAGGGGUAACUAGAUAUGGAAUUUGAUUCUUAGAUCCAGCCAAUUGAAUCUAAAAUUUUUUACCUUUCCUUUGGAUUUGGACAGGAUAGGCUACAUCUACUAUUGAUACACUGCAGCCAACAAUAAUGCCAACAAAAAAGGAGCUAAUACCUGAAAAGUAAUAUUCUGGUUGCUGUAAUUGUUUUUCUUCAAGACUGUAUUUAUGUAAGCUGUAUCAUAGUACAGAUCCCAAUAUACUUACUUUUGAUCUUCGUCAUGUCUUCAUUCAUCAAUUUGGAUUCAAUUUUUUUUACUAUAGAUCUCCUAUUGUGGAUAUUAGUUAGGGUAUAUUUUUUUCCUCAGAAUGUAGAAGAUCAGUAAUUGGGCAGAAAUAAUAAAAUACAUGCAUUAGAUUUGUGCUUAUCUACUGACUACUAGUCUUUCAAUGUAACCUCAAAUUUAAAACCAAUCAAUUCUCUCCAUUAUUAUGAGAUGAAGAUCAUGGCACUCACUGUAAACAUCAUUACUGAUAUCAUUAUAGAUCAAACUGAGAUAAUAAGGUUGUUAUAAAUUUUUUUAUUUUUUUGUUUUGUUUCUGGUUAAUGUUUUUGAUUUUUAGAAAAUUUUAAUCUUCACAAUGACUGAAGAAAAUUCACUAAGAUUUGUUUAACAUGCUUACUAUUAUCGGGGGUUCAUCGAGUUAGCUUGAGAAGAACGUGUAAAAUAUAUUUUGAUCAGACUUGAGAUUAUAAAAUGUAAUACUUUCUAGUCUCAAAUACCACCAAUCUAAAAAUAAAUGCUUAUUUUUAUAAAAUUUCUUUCCACUUCCAUAUCAAAAUACUCAAUGUUUUCCUACUACUGCUGUUUUCCACUUGUAUACUCUUUACAAUUUUCCCAAAGAGAUUUUAGGUAGAAUAUAAGUAGUUAAAUUUUGUAGCAUAUUUGUUAUAAUAUAUUUUUUUUAUUUUUGUAGAUAAAUUGUUUUUAUUUUAUUUUAUGGGGUUUUGUUCAAGUAUAUUUAUUUUUAUAAUAUACUUCAUUUUAAUCACAUUAUUGUUUAACUCUUAUGAGGUUGUAAAGUGAAAUGGUUUUGUUUACAAUAUAGUUGAAUUAAAUCUUCACAUGUCUCAAUGAAAGUCAAAUGAAAAUUGUCUAAAUACUGCAAGGGUGUAAGAUAUUUGUUUUGCUUGGUUAAUAUUUUUUAUUCAUUGAUUUUAAAAUUUAUCUUAAUGCCUAAGUACCAUCUUUUGACGAUUUACCAGUUAUUUUUAUUUCAAAAGUUAUAAAAUCACCCUUGUUUAAUUAUUAAUCUAUUUCAAAAUUGCCCUUUCUGCUUACUGAGGUUAGCCUUUUCACUUAAGCAGUUUAAUAAAAUG